UAUUUCAGGAUCAGUUUUUCCUUCGUCUGCCCAGCCUCCUGGUACUUCACUGUGCCCACAGUGAGCCAAUUUCCCCGGCAGCGGGUGGCAUUUCUAGGACUCUUCUUCAUAUCCUGUCUCCUUUUACUUAUGUUAAUCAUGGACUUUCGACAUUGGGGUGCUUCAUCACCACGAGAUAGGCAAUAUGAAAGGUAUUUGGCUCGAGUAGGAGAUCUUGAAGCUACUGACACUGAAGACCCAGAUCUGAAUUAUGGACUUGUUGUGGACUGUGGCAGCAGUGGCUCUCGGAUUUUUGUUUAUUUCUGGCCAAGACAUAAUGGGAAUCCUCAUGACUUACUGGACAUCAAACAGAUGAGAGACCGAAACAGCCAACCAGUGGUUAAAAAAAUCAAGCCAGGAAUCUCUGCAAUGGCAGACACUCCAGAACAUGCCAGCGAUUACCUUCGUCCUCUGCUGAGCUUUGCUGCUGCUCACGUGCCUGUGAGGAAGCACAAGGAGACCCCCCUUUACAUCCUCUGCACGGCAGGCAUGAGGCUUCUUCCCGAGAGGAAGCAGUUGGCUAUCUUGGCUGAUCUAGUGAAAGAUUUACCUCUGGAGUUUGACUUCCUCUUUUCUCAGUCUCAGGCAGAAGUGAUCUCUGGAAAGCAAGAAGGGGUUUAUGCAUGGAUUGGAAUCAACUUUGUUUUGGGAAGAUUCGACCAUGAAGAUGAAGCUGAUGCUGAGGCUCCCCAGGAAUUGGUGACAGGACGCAGAAGGACAGUAGGGAUACUGGAUAUGGGAGGAGCCUCUCUCCAAAUUGCUUAUGAAGUUCCUGCCUCAACUUCUGUCCUUUCUCCACAAGAGGAAGAAGCUGCGAAGAUCUUGCUAGCUGAGUUCAACCUGGGCUGUGAUGUGCAACACACUGAACACGUGUAUAGGGUUUAUGUCACGACCUUUCUGGGUUUUGGGGGCAACUUUGCCCGGCAGCGCUAUGAAGAUCUUGUAUUGAAUGAAACUCUUAACAAGAACAGGUUGCUGGGCCACAAGACAGGUCUGAGUCCCGACAAUCCUUUUCUGGAUCCCUGCCUACCUGUGGGACUCACAGAUGUGGUGGAAAGGAACAGUCAGGUCCUGCAUGUCCGAGGACGAGGGGACUGGGCGGCUUGUGGGGCCAUGCUGAGCCCGCUGCUGGCUCGCUCCAACACCAGCCAGGCCUCACUGAACGGCAUCUACCAGUCGCCCAUUGACUUCAACAACAGCGAGUUCUAUGGUUUCUCCGAGUUCUUUUACUGUACAGAGGAUGUGUUGCGCAUCGGUGGCCGCUACCAUGGGCCAACAUUUGCCAAGGCUGCUCAGGAUUACUGUGGCAUGGCUUGGUCAGUACUCACUCAGAGAUUCAAGAAUGGCCUCUUUUCAUCACAUGCAGAUGAGCAUCGACUCAAAUACCAGUGUUUUAAGUCAGCUUGGAUGUACCAAGUUCUUCAUGAAGGAUUCCACUUUCCCUAUGACUAUCCAAAUCUGCAGACAGCACAGCUGGUCUAUGACCGAGAGGUUCAGUGGACGCUGGGAGCCAUUCUGUAUAAGACACGCUUCUUACCUCUCAGGGAUCUACGGCAGGAAGGUGUCCGACAGGCCCAUGGUAACUGGUUCCGUCUCUCCUUCGUCUACAACCACUAUCUCUUCUUCGCCUGUAUCCUGGUGGUGCUACUGGCCAUCAUCCUGUACCUUCUGCGGCUACGUCGGAUUCACCACCGACAAACUCGAGCUUCAGCCCCACUGAACUUGCUGUGGAUCGAGGAGGUGGUGCCCAUGAUUGGGGUACAGGUCGGGCCAUGA